AUGACGACUAAGCCAUGGCUCUUAUUUGCUCUGCUUCUAAUCCUCUCUUUUGGCAGAGCAUGCUUCUCCAUAUCUGGUGAUACCCUUUCACCAGGUCAGUCUCUUUCUUAUUCAAAGAACGAGACCAUAGUAUCUCAAGGUGGCACUUUUGAGCUCGGUUUCUUCAGACCAGGAAGUUCAUUAAAAAUCUACCUGGGCAUAUGGUAUAAAAUGUUUGACCAGAAGGACAAUAUUGUUUGGGUAGCAAAUAGAGAAGACCCUCUGUUUGACCUGCCUUCGUCAAGACUUGACCUCUCAGAAGAUGGCAAUCUACUCCUGUAUGGAGGUUCCUCCAGCAUCCCAUUUUGGUUGACAAAUUUGACAUUUCCCGGGUCGAAUUUAACUGAAGCAGUACUUGGGGAAGAUGGGAAUUUUGUUUUAAGAGAUAGGUCGAAUGCGUCUUCUAUAUUGUGGGAGAGUUUCGACUAUCCGACCGAUACACGGCUCCCAGGUGCAAAGUUUUGGAUCGAUAAGUUUCCUCGAAAACAACAGCAACUCGUUUCAUGGAAAAAUUCAGAAGAUCCAGCACCUGGUGUGUUCUCGGAGGGGUUAGACCCAAAUGGAAGCAAUCAAGUUUGCUUACAGUGGAACACAUCCCAAAUCUAUUGGUGUUCUGGAGUUUGGAAUGGAAAUUCUUUCAGCUUAAUUCCUGAGAUGACAUUGAAUUCUGUCUACAACUUCAGUGUUGUGUCAAAUGAAAAGGGAAGAUAUUUUACUCAUUAUCUUCGUAAUUCAUCUUACCGCUCUAAAAUGGUGAUGUCGUCUACAGGAAAACUGCAGCUAUGGAAGUGGCUGUCUGGCCCUUUGGUAUGGAAAACAUUUUGGUAUGGACCGUUAGACCAAUCUGAUGUCUAUGCUUUGUGUGGUGGAUUUGGCGUGUAUCGUGAGAAUUCCUCGAGCUCCUGUGAAUGUCUAAAAGGUUUUGAACCAUUUUCGAUGAACUACACCAGACUAAAUGAUUGGUCGGGUGGCUGUGUGAGGAAAUCUCCUUUGCAAUGUGAGAAUAAUACGUAUGGUAAUGGGACAAAAGAUUGGUUCAUGAAAAUGCCAAACCUUAUGCUUAUAAUAGGAGUGGGUACUGUAUGA